UAUCGCGAUGCUAGAACGAGGUAAGACCAAAGAGAGAACGAGGGGGGUAGCUAAAGCAAGCUAGCGUUCCGUCACCGAGUUGUAUAGAUGACUAGAUUUGUGUUCAUUUGAUACCGAUAAGCCCCAUAUCAUAAUAACGAACAGGCUCGCCGAUGACACGACAUAUCUAGGAACAGUCUUAUUUCGUUAGAAAAUGGCUACAAGCAAUCGUUCUCCGCGGGAAGAAGGGGAACUAGAAGACGGAGAGAUCUGUGAUGAUGACACCGAGGAAAAUUUGCCUGUCGAGCUUUGCGGCGGUAGGCCAAGCGUUGAUUCUUCUAGGAGGCUAAACCACCAUCAUACACAUAAUUUGUUGCCUCUAAUGGCACACCCGCCGCCAGAUUUUCGACAUUUAAUGCCAUUCGACUUCGGACCUCAUUUGCUCGGACCCUUCCCCCCGAGCCACCGACAGCAAUGUGGGCCUAGUGGGCCUGAUCGACCUCCCCCGCCGGGGCUUGGUCCACCGCACAUGGACUUGAACCAACGAUCAGGCUUCUGGGAACGAAGUCACAACGCCUUGGGGAGAUAUAGGCACAGGGCUGUUCCGCCUGGGGGACGCGACGACUGGAGCAGACCAAUCUGGGGAGAAGGCGGUGGGGCAGGUCGCGGUGCGGCCAAUCUGAGACCGCCAUCUGAACGUUAUGGACCUGGAGAGCUCCAACUCAACAAGAACGAAUCUCCUCCUAGAAAACAAAAGCAGCCCUGGCCGAUUCAGGUGAGAAAACCAGGGCACAGUGUUGCGAAAUCCGAAAACGUGAUGGACGAGAGCUUUGAGGACCUGCUAUCAAAGUACAAACAGAUCCAGCUGGAGCUAGAAUGCAUCCGGAAGCAGGAAUCCAAGGCCCUAGAGCCCAGAGACUCCCCCUCCAGAGACCAGCCGCCGCCAGAGAUUCUUGCCAAUGUUACAGUGCAAAGAACCGAAGCAGAACCCGCCAGUAUUCAGAGUCACAGUGCCAUCGAGGAGGCGGCCGACCCACAGAGGACUGAGAAGAAAGUAUUCCAGGCUUUCAAUCUUAAGCCCUUGCGCCAAAAGCUGCUCACUCCGCUCGAAUUGGACGCAUUGAAGAAGAAACUAGAAGAGGAGAACGGUGUUGGACAGGAGGUGGAACAGGGGCAAGCUCAGCAGGCGGACGGCCCGGAGGGCGACGUGGUUCAAGUCCCUGCUUGUCUCAGAGGAAAUGGAGAAGGCCCCAAUCAUGCAGAAGCAAUGCUUCCUGGAGAAGACCUGAUUGUGCUGGAUGAAUGUUUCGGCUGUACAGAGGAAGAGGAGCACGGAGACCUGGAAAAAAAUCCAAACUUCAGCCGAGAGUUGUCAACGUCCAGUGAAGACUCUGUGACUUCCCCUGAAAAGACCGGUCUUCCCCGGAGAGUGGAGGAGGAGGAGCUGUCUGAAAUGCAGCUCAGGCUCCUGGCGUUGCAGUCGGCGAGUAAGAAAUGGCAACAGAAAGAGCAGCAGGUCAUGAAGGAGAGCAAGGAGCGCAUCACCAAGGCUUCCCAGGACAAGAAUUUAGGAAUGAUCCCAGGGAAUGCCACCCUUGGAAGGCCCAGAGUCACGACCAGGUCUGCCUCCACCGCAGCGGCCGCGGAGAGGGCCAGGACCAGGGUCAUGCCCCUGGAGAGGGCCCGGGAGAGGGCCCGGUCUGCAGCAAGGACCGCUGCCGCCAGGCCUGCAGUCAGGACCCCUGGCAGGCCUGCUGCCAAGCCCGGGCUCAGGCCUCCUGCUGCCAGGCUCAUGGACCGGGGCCGAGCCAGUCCCUUAGAGAGAGAGCGAGCCAAGCCCGUCUCCAAGUUGGCCGCGGAGAGAAGCCGAACCCCAGGAAAGGCUCCCCUGGCCAAGAAGAUGAUCAGCCCAGGUUCGUCGGCCAAGCAGGCGGCCCGCAAGCAGCAGCUGCGCACGUGGAAGCUGCAGCAGCAGAGUGAGGAGGAGAAGCGGAGGCUGGAGGACGAGGAGCGCAGCAAGCGGGAGGAGGAGAUCCGCAAGAUCCGCGACCUGUCCAACCAGGACGAGCAGUACAACCGCUUCAUGAAGCUGGUCGGAGGCAAGGCCCAGGCCCGCAGCAAGUCGAAAGACAGGGAACACAGGAAGUCGAUGAGUAAGCAGGGCCUGGAUGCCUCGGGUAACCUCUACCAGUACGACAACUAUGACGAGGUGGCCAUGGACACAGACAGUGAGACUGGAUCACCAGCCUCUUCGCCAGCGCACCACCCCCUGUCCACGGAGUACCUCCCAUCCAUGUCUUACUUGCCCUGCUACCCUGCAGACUCCACCCACUUCGGAAUGAACUUGGUACAGCAGUUCCUCCCCCACAUGCUUCCCGGUGUUCCCCCCCCACCUCCCCCUCCGGAAGAGUCACUGCCUCCCAAACCUCCGUUUGCGGAUGAGGAGGAAGAGGAGGAGAUGCUGCUCCGGGAGACGUGUUUGAUGUCCAUGGCCAACAAGAAGGUCCCUGGGCCUGGGGAGGAGAGCCCAGACAGCGAGCCUCCUUCUCCUAAAGCCCCGGCCCCUGUUGGAGUCCAGCUACCACCCAGGGGCAACCUGAGCAUGGUCAACCUGAACGCCGUGCCCCAGGCGCGGGCACCCAAGUUCAGCAGAGGCCACCACGUCCCCAGGCCCCCUCUCGUGCUCCCCAGACACCGGCCGGUGGUGGUGCAGCUCCACGACUCUGACGACAGCGAAUCUGAGCCGGAAGCCUCCAGCUCCACGAUGUCCUCCUUUGGGUGCCUGGACCUGAUGAUCAAGGAGGCCAGGAGGACUGUUGAGGCGGCGAAGCCGAAAGCGGCGGUCUCGGAGAAGGAGAACAACCCACUGAAGACCCCUGAGGCCCUGCCAGAGGCAAAGAAGACGGAGUACCGCAAGCUGAGGGAGGAGAUUGCAAGCCGGGAGAAGCAGCGGCUGCUCAAGGACCCGAGUCACAGCCCCAUGGGCUCUGCGUCGCCGGCGGCCUCUGACACGGAGAUGGACACGUUCUCCAGGGCCUCGGCCGAGCUUCACCUCUCGGCCACAGAGAAGAGGCUCACCAAACACCGAGCCAUCAUGCAGAAGGACGAAGCAAUCUUGAGACAGCUGCUCCAACAGGAGCUGAAGAAACGCGAGUCUCUGGGCGCUGCCGAGGGCAAAGUGGCCAAGCUGAGGGAACAGCUGCUCGCCUCGGAGAAGGUUGUCAGCGCCAACCUCACUCUGCUCAAGAAGCUCCAGGAACAGGUGCAGCGUGUGGAACACCGCGUGGCCGUAAAGAAGGACCAGGCGGGGAAACUGGAGAAAGAGUUGUCCCAAGCUCAGCUGGCCGCCGGGAGAGGGAUCAAGAGGAGACUGGAACCCAACCACUCAAAGUCGGGGAAGCUGUCCCGUCUGGACGCCGCCCCGCACGCCGGCCGCCACUUCGCCGAGCUCAUCGCCCAGAAGCAGCGGCUGCAGCAGCUGGAGUCGGAGUACGCCCAGAAGAUCCAGAAGCUGAAGGAGACCCAGGCCCUACACAACCGGGCCAGCCUGGCAGAAGCCCCGAGGGCCCCCACGCCCCCACAGCCCCAGACCCAGCCUCUACCGCCGUCGCUACCGCAGCCUCUGCCACAACCCCAGCCCCCGGCCCCGGCCCCGCCCCCCCCUGCGCCGCAGGCCCCACCCUCCAGCCCCUUCGCCCUGCCCCAGCCCUCCCUGCUCGACCUCUCCCAGGACAAGCUGACCCUGGGCGACGAGGAGCCGCCCGACGACGGCGAGGGGGAGCCGGCCCCUGCCGCCGGUCGAGGGGCCCGCCGCCUCUCCCUACGCCAGCAGGGCACCUUCACCAAACCCAAGCUGGAGCACCCGGGGGGCUCCACGCCCGCCGCCAAGAACAAGCCCGCCGCCAAGGCUAAGGCCACGCCCACCAACACGGCCACGCCCAGCUCCCAGCCGGCGGCCGCGGGCUCCACAGGGCCCACGCCAGUGUUCCAGGGCCUGGACGCCGAGGCCCUGAAGGCCCAGUACGAGCUGCAGGUGGAGCUGGGAGAGCUCCUGCAGAGAGAGCUGCGGAAGGCCUGGGAGGACACCGAGAGCCCGCCCGCUGGAAAGGUUAUCGUUGUGGACUUGGAGACGGUGACAAGCACAGCAGCGUCGCCAGAACUGAAGCCAGUACCAUUUGCACCAUAUCACAGCCCUCUCCUGGCGUUCAAGGCCUACAGGUUCAGCACGUAUUACAGGACCAAGGAGAAGUUGUCUCUGAGCUCGGUAACGUACAGCAACACUGUGGAGGCCAAAACCAGCUUCUGUCGCUUCGACCUCACCGGCACCUGCAACGACGACGACUGCCAAUGGCAACACAUGAGAAACUGUAUGCUGAGCGGAAACCAGCUGUUUCAGGAUAUCCUGUCCUACAACCUGCCUCUGAUCGGCUGUUCAGAGAGCAGCUCAGACGAUGACGUCAGAGUUUCUACAGAAAAGUACAUCAAGAAGCUGUUUGGCGCCCCUACCAAGGACCGCAUGGGCAUCGACCAGAAAGCUGUGCUCCUGGUCAGCAAGGUCAACGAGAGCCAGCGCCACGUCCCUCCAUUCACCACCUGUAAGGACGUAAGGAGGUGGAGGCCCAAGCAGGCCGCACAGAGGAGCUCUGCUCCUUCUGAGGACAGUGAGGAGGAGAGCCUGGGAGACGCUCCAGCUGCAGGGAAACACGUCGAGCGGACCAAGAGCAGACUGGUGUCCCUGGACGUGUGUGUGGCGCCGGAGGACAGGCGCUACUUCAUCAGCGAGACGGACGACAUCGCCAACCUGGAGAGCAGCGUGGCGGAGAGCCCCCGCGACGCCCAGCUCUGGAUCAAGCUGGCCUUCAGAUACCUCAGCCAGAACGACACCCCUGCGUCAGAGAGCCUGGAGGCCGCUCUCAACACGCUGUCCCGUGCCCUGGAGGACAACAGCAGCAACGCUGAGAUCUGGUGCCACUACCUGUCCCUGUUCUCCAGACGCGGCAGCUGGAAGGAGGUCCAGGAGAUGUGUGAGAUGGCCGUGGAGAACGCCCCCGACCCCCAAGUCUGGUGGAGAUAUCUGAACCUGGAGAGCUCGUUCGAGGGCAAGGACUACGUGUGCGACCGGCUUCUGCGCUUCCUCGUUGCCAGGGCGACGUCGGACGGCGUCACAGAGAAGCUGUCCUUCCAGCUGCUGGAGACGCUGCUCUACCGGGUGGACCUGAACAUCUUCACCGGCCGCAUCGGGGGCGCCCUGGCCAUCCUACAGAAUUCCUUGAAGUCGGCCAGCGAGAGGUGCAUCGCGGAGCACCUGACGGCCAGCGACCGCACGCUGCUCUGGCUCUCCUACAUCCACCUGACGGAGUUCGACUGCCUGCCGUCCUGCCUGUACGACCCGGCCGCCUCGGGCCCUGGCCGGCUGGUCAGCAGGGAGCCCUUCCAGCUGCCCUGGAGGUCUGCCCAGGACAUCAGCACGCCGCCCCAGACCCUGGUGGCUCUGUUCCAAGAUGCCAUCCUUCAGUGCACGGAUGAGAAGCUGCCGGCUGCAGAGAGGGUGACGGCCUGCCUUCCUCUGCACACCAACCUCCUCUGCCUCAACCGUAUCCUUGGAAGGCUGGAGGAGGCGGUGCAGCUGUGCGAGCCCCUGCUGGAGGCGUGUCCUGUGGCGUGCGAGCUGCGGGACGCCCUGGCAGACCUCCACCAACGCCAGGGCAACGGCGAGCAGGCGGUCACCGUCUGGCUGCACGCGCUGGCCGAGUGUCCCAACAACGCGCAGAUCUUCUACCACACCUGCCGCUUCCUCAUGGCCCAGGACAAGCCCAGCGCCAUCCCUCCCCUGUUCGGGGCGUUCUUCCUCUCCCUCUGUGAGGACGAGCAGAACCAGUUGGACCCCCUGGACAUCCUGCGACACAUCCUUGGCCUCCCGACUUCAGUUAUAUUGAAGGGAUCGAUCAUCAAGAAGCACCUGGAGGAGAAGCUCCGGCCACAGAUGCCCUACCUUCACCUGAUCCACUGCCGGUGGAACUGGCUCCAGGGCUCCACGGAGGAGACGGCCAGCGCCUUUGAGCGGGCGCUGGGGUCGGCCAUGCCUCUGGACCUUCUUCAUAAGCUCUGGAUGGACUACCUGCUGUUCAGCAGCUGCCGGCCGUGCGGGGCCCCGGCCCCUAGGGGGUGCUCCAAGGGGCUGUGGGAGCUGGUGCAGCGCUGCCUGGGCACCGUGCCGUCCCGGCUGGAGGUCCCCUUCAGCCCCGCCCAGUACUGGAGCUGCUACCGCUUCCACAACAAGGUGGUGAACCAUUACCUGAGCUGUUUGCUCCCAUCCCAGCACGCAAUGGUCCUGGAGAAACUCCGCUAUGCCAUGCCCAACAACGCUGAGCUGGGCCUCAGGUUACUGUACCAGGAGUGGCGGGACGGAGGCAUGGAACACCUCAAGUUCCAGGCCCGCCUGCUGACCACCAGCCAUCCGAAGUGUUUGGCCAUCUGGAAAAUAGCCAUCGCUGUGGAGUGGGAGCUGAAGGAGCGAGCGGAGGUGCGUCUCCUGUAUCGGCAGGUCCUCCGCCAUCUACCGCUGUGUGCUGCCCUGUGGAAAGAUGUAAAUCUCUCAACACACACACGCACACACAAACACACGCAUAUUCAGGCAGUCAUCCAGGUUUUACACAAACUGCACCUGACUUCAAAUUCAGCCGCUCUCCUUUUUGUUUCAGGUUUGUCUGUUUUUGAUCUGCUCAUAUUGUUGCUCAUGGUUUUGACUCCUGUUUUAGAACGUGAUUCACCUGCUCCUCCUCUUCUUCCGUGUCUCUCUCUCUAUCAUUCCCUUGUCUCUCUCCAUCUCUCCUCUCAUUCCCUAUCUUCCUGUCUCUCCUCUCAUUCCCUCUCUUCCUGUCUCGCCUCAUUCCCUUCUCUUCCUGUUUCUCUCUCAUCCCCUCUCCCUGUCUCUCUCUUCCUGUCCCUCCUCUCAUCCCCUCUCCCUGUCUCUCUCUUCCUGUCUCUCCUCAUCCCCUCUCCCUGUCUCCUCUCAUCCCCUCUCCCUGUCUCUCUUCCUGUCUCUCCUCAUCCCCUCUCCCUGUCUCUCUCUUCCUGUCUCUACUCAUCCCCUCUCCCUGUCUCUCUCUUCCUGUCUCUCCUCAUCCCCUCUUCCUGUCUCCUCUCAUCCCCUCUCCCUGUCUCUCUUCCUGUCUCUCCUCAUCCCCUCUCCCUGUCUCUCUCUUCCUGUCUCUCCUCAUCCCCUCUCCCUGUCUCUCUCUUCCUGUCUCUCCUCUCAUCCCCUCUCCCUGUCUCUCUCUUCCUGUCUCUCCUCUCAUCCCCUCUCCCUGUCUCUCCUCUCAUCCCCUCUCCCUGUCUCUCUCUUCCUGUCUCUCCUCUCAUCCCCUCUCCCUGUCUCUCUCUUCCUGUCUCUCCUCUCAUCCCCUCUCCCUGUCUCUCUCUUCCUGUCUCUCCUCUCAUCCCCUCUCCCUGUCUCUCUCUUCCUGUCUCUCCUCUCAUCCCCUCUCCCUGUCUCUCUCUCCCUGUCUCUCCUCUCAUCCCCUCUCCCUGUCUCUCUCUUCCUGUCUCUCCUCUCAUCCCCUCUCCCUGUCUCUCUCUUCCUGUCUCUCCUCUCAUCCCCUCUCCCUGUCUCUCUCUUCCUGUCUCUCCUCUCAUCCCCUCUCCCUGUCUCUCUCUUCCUGUCUCUCCUCUCAUCCCCUCUCCCUGUCUCUCUGCUCUCCAGCGCCUGUUGUUCCAAGCGGCGGAGGGAGGUAAUUCUGAUAAGCUGAGGAAACUGGGGGACAGGUGUCGAGAGCUGGGAGUGAGUCUAAAUGAGCCACUAAGUUUAGGCCCCGCCCAAACUCAGGGAGACCAUACAUGAAGCAGGCUGAGACCCAUCCCACCCCCCCUCCCCCCACACCACCCCCCCCACCACCCUCCCCAUACCAUUUAUCUUGAGUAUAAACAAAGCACUCUAUCUUAAGGUUCGACCGACCACUGCCAAGUAAGGUAAAGCAGAAUCAGAGUGGAGGGGGGGGCUGGGUGGUGGCUGGGAGGGGGGGCGACUCCCCCCUCUCCUCCCCUUCCUCCUCCUCCUCUCCCCCAACCCCUCCCCCCCUCCUGCAGCCAAUGAGGGGGCACCGCUUCGGCACGGAGGCCAAUGAACUUCCUCUGAUUGUCAGAACUCUCUGGGCUGCUAGUGUCGGCCUCCCAGCGCGACCGUAAGUAUAGUCCCUGACCGGGGACUCCGCUGCCUUGUUAGCCUGUCGUUUUUAAUUUCUCUGUCUCCCCCACCCUCUCCAUCCCCACCCCACCCCCCACCUCCUCGUUGCGUUUUCUGUAUUGUAUUGUCACUUGUGGAUUUUUGCUUUCUAUUAUCCUUUCUGCCUGGGUGGGGGUGGGUGGCGUUCGGACAGACCGCCGGCACCUCACUGUGGGUUUAUUUCAAAUACUGUGUUUUUUAAAGGAGCUAUUUACCCCCCCCCCCCCCUCUCUGCUAGUGAUGCUGCUGCCACUCUUUUUAUUUUUUUCCGCCCGUUUCCAUGGAAUAACAAUUGACAAUUUAUCCGCAAUUUUUUAAGUAACCAAACAAGGGGGGGGGGGGGGGGGGGGGGGGUUGAAAUUGGCCGCUGCUAGUAUUCUGUCAUGGUAUUUGUGAGACUGACGCCAAGACUGCACAAUGCUGUGACUGUCGUCUACCAGCCGACCAAUGGGGGAGGCCCUUUUAGACGAGCGGCAUUAGUCGUCGGGCGGAAGAGCCGGUCAGGAGCUCGUCCAAUCCUUUUUUUGUUUUUGUUUUUAUUGUUUUGGUUGAAAUUAUAUUAUUAUCGAUGAAAAAAGUAUUAGUCGGGAACGGAGGGCUCACUUCCUUCCAAUGUUCUUUUUUUGUAUGUUUGAAAAUGUUUAUUAAAUUAUUUUCUAAUGAAA